UUCUAUUCUUCAGAAGCAAUACCUACUUGGUGCCUGGUUUUUGACUCAUAAUGGCAGAAAAUACCAAUUCUCUGUCCCUAGAUCAGUAUAACUGCUCGGUGUGUUUGGAGGUGCUGAAGGAUCCAGCCACUAUCCCAUGUGGACACAACUACUGCAUGGAUUGCAUUAAGGCUUACUGGGAUCAGUCUGAUACAGCUGGAAUCUACAGUUGCCCUCAGUGCCGAAUGGAGUUUUUUCCAAGGCCAGUGCUUUACAAAAAUUACAUGCUUAUGGAUGUUAUAGGAAAACUAAAACAAAUGGGACCACUUCAUACUUUGUCAGAAAGCUAUGCAGGGCCUAAUGAUGUACCUUGUGAUGUCUGUACCGGGAGAAAACAGAGUGCUGUAAAGACGUGUCUUACCUGCCUGGCCUCCUAUUGUGAAAUUCAUAUCCAGCCACACACUGAGUCUGAGGCUUUGAAGAAACAUAAACUGGAACACCCAACUGUUAACCUUGCACAGAAACUUUGCUCUAAGCACAACAAAAUUCUGGAAAUGUUCUGCAGAACUGAUCAGACCUGCAUCUGUCUAUUGUGUAUGGCAACUGAACACAUAAAUCAUAACGCAGUGACAACUGAAAUAGAGAGAGCUGUCAGGCAGAGCCGACUGAAUAACACAGAGAAAGAACUGAAAAUCAUAAUACAGACAAAAGAGAAGAAGGUGGAAGAUAUCAAAGAAGCUAUAAAGAGCAUUCAGAGUGCUGCAGUGAUAGAAGUACAGGAAUUUGAGGAGGGCUUCACUUCCCUUCUACAGUCUAUUCAGCGGCUGAGAUCAGAGGUGAAUGACCUGAUUACAAAACAGAAGCAGACAGAGGUGAGGAAUGCUGAAGCAGUCAUAGAGCAACUUGAAAAGGAAAUCAAGGAGCUGAAAAUAAAAGAUGCUGAGCUGGCAGAACUUUCAAAAACAGGUGACCACGUCCAUUUCCUCCAGAAUGUCCCAACUCAGUACUUCCCUCCCGCAGCUGAAGAACAAAGUAAUAUUGUUAUCAAUAAGGAUUUGUUCCGGGAUGUGCUGAAAAAGAACCUGUCUAAUCUGAAAAAGCAUCUGCAAGAGAUCAGUGUCUGGGAGUUUGAAAAACCAAGUGAAGAUGGGUGUAUGGCUCUGGCAUGUGAAAGGGACCUUCCAAAAAAAAUGACCAGAACUGACUUUUUAAAAUACUCCUGCCAGCCUACAUUCGACUCCAAUACAGCACACAGAAGCCUCCAUUUGUCUGAAGGGAACAGGAAAGCAUCACGAGGGUCAAAGAACCGAUAUUAUGAUCAUCCUUGCAGAUUUAACUACUGGUCUCAAAUUAUUUGCAGAGAGCCUCUUUAUGGGGCUCGAUUUUAUUGGGAGGUGGAGUGGAGUGGAGACAGUGUUGAUAUAGGAGUUACAUACAAAGGAAUUAGCAGAAAAGGAAAAAGUGAUGAAAGUUGCCUUGGAGGAAGUGAUAUGUCCUGGUGCAUAUGUUUCUCUGAUUCUGAGUUCUCUGCCUGGCAUGAUAACGAAGAGAUUCAGAUUGAUGCAUCCUGUAGUCAUAGAAUUGGAAUUUAUCUGGACUACUCUGCUGGUUCACUUUCAUUUUUUAAUAUCUCAGAUUCAAUGGCACUCAUUUAUAAAUUCCAAGCCAACUUCACUGAGCCACUCUACCCAUGCUUUUGGGUUGACAAUAAUGGUAGUGUAACAAUCUGUCAGCUCAUCUAUUAGAGUCAGUAACUAGUUUGAUGUCCAUAUAACAUCAGCUGUAGACUCACAUUGCAUUUCUCCUUUUAAUAAAUCUACAAUAAAAGCUAUUUUUAAAACUAACGACUUUUAUAUAAAUGCCUUAAAACCCAGGAUGGAAAAAAGAUACAACCUAUGUUAUAGUUUGAAUAUGAAACUGACUUAAAUUUGUUAUUAUAUGCUCUAUAUGUGUAAAUGUAUGAAGUAGCACAACAGCACAGCAGUUAUUUGAAUCUCCUGCUCAGUUGUUGUCCAUGUAGAGUGUGCACAUUGUCCUGUGAUAGACUGGCACCCAGUCUGAGUAGGUUUCCUGCCUUCCACUCAUUGUUGCUGGGGUAGGCUUUAAUCUCCAUGAUCCUAAAUUAUAUUAAGCAGAUUUUGGGAUGUUGCAUAUAUACUUAUUAGAACCCUUUCCUUCCAAGAAUGUAAAUUAACAAUGACAGCAUUAAAAUGUAAUGUUCUUUAAUGUUUAAUUUAUUCAUGCUUCAUGAGCAAUUUAAGAAGAAAAAAAUAUUUUCAAUGUUUCAAAUUAAAAUAAAGUGCACACUAGAAGGCCUUCAGAAUGGAGUUGGUUUCUACAAAGUAUGCAUAACAAAUUGAGAAUAAGUUGAAUAAGUCAUUCUAGAAUAAACAUAAACUUACAUUUGAGGCCCAGCUGGUUCCACUAAUUCAAAAUGUUUCUUUUUAUCUCAAGAUGGUCUUAGGUCAUCCAGGAUUAUGCACACACUCCUAAAAUUUAAGAAACCUUGAGAAUGGAUCACUGCGAAUUUUAAUUAUAGCUCAAAAAGCACAGAAAAGAGUGCAACAUUUACAGACAGAGUGCAUGUGAGGUUAAGUGUGAAACUGAUUAUGUGUAUACUGUGUUAUGGUAUAGAAUCAAAAUAUUUGGAGUUUUAAUUGAUGGAAAAUAGAAAAAUAAUAACAAAGAAA